UGAGAAGGGAUGUAUAGCCCUGAUUAUUCUUUUAUCUCAACCCAAAAGGCAACAUGCUGCUCCUCAUCUUCCUACAACUUCUCUACACCGGAGCCGCAGCAGAAAUGCCCUGCGUGACAGUGCCCGGGAAGCUGAGACAGCUGGAUGCUGGGAGUGGAGAAGUCUAUGGGGUGUCGGACGAUGACAAAGUAUUCUUCUGGCAUUCUAAUCGGUGGGCGCAGAUUGCAGGGAACUAUUCACACGUGACUGUGGGACCAGCCGGCGUUUGGGCGGUCAACAGGCAAAACUUUGUUUACAGGCUGCAGGAUUUUGCGUGGAUGCAUGUAUCAGGACUCCUGAAGCAGAUCGAUGCUGGGGGUGAUACGUUCCUUGCUGGAGUAAAUGCUGCAGAUAAUAUUUACUGCCUAAACCAGGAGAGCAUAAAGGGGACUGCCCUAAAAUACAACCAAAUUGAUGGGAAGCUCAUGUAUUACAGUUGUGGUCCCCUUGGCUGCUGGGGAGUCAACAACGUCUAUGAGAUCUAUUACCAGAAAAACGUGAUCCAAACAUCCUGCCAGGGAACAGGGUCCCAGCGAUUGCAAGGAUCUCUUGCCAUGGUGGAGGUGGGCACAGACGGGUCGGUGUUUGCUGUGAACACACAAGGCAAGGUUUUCAGAAGAGAAGGUAUCAGCCCAAAGAAUCCAACUGGAACCACAUGGGAAGGACUGGAUAUUUAUGACAGUUUCAAACAUGUCAGCUACGACGCUGGAUUCCUGUGGCUUAUUGCUGAGAAUGGGAGCGUCAUUAAAUGUGCAUAUCCUGAGUCUAUACUGCCAAGUCUGUUGUAAACCCAGAGAGCUCACAGUCCACCCUGCUUCACAUUCUUCUUACAGAUUAUGUUACACUAGUGUAAAUUUAUAUAUAUAUACAGGCAUAUAUACAGUUAUGGUAUGGCCAGCACACUCUGAAUAAGUAAAAAAAAGUUUAUUCACAUCCCAUUUGUGUCCAACAUUUCAGAAUACCACCACUAGAUGUCACUCAUAUGUUCAUAAAAUCACUGUGUGCAAGAGAUUAUAUUACUCUUUGUCAAUACAUUUGAAACAGUGUAAGAUUUUUAUGAAUAAAAGUGCUACACACAUUAA